AUGCACUUCUUCCCCCUCCUACUCUGCGCGUUCGCCAGCCUCGGCGCAGCGCUCAAGAUCCUCCAUCCCGCGCAGGACGAGACGGUCCGCGCCGACUUCAAGUACGAGAUCCAGUGGGCCACCAACGCCUCAGACCCCGAAUGGGCGUACUUUGCCCUCCUCUCCGACGAAUCGGGCGACACGAACGGGCGCUGGCGCCUGCGCACCGCGGCACACAACCACUCCUUCCUGCCGAGUUUCGCAGACCUGUACAACCCCGAAGCGCGCAAUGGCGCCCGGGUGCGGCUCGAGGUGCGCGGCCGCGUGGCGGACAGCGAGGGCGUAAUCGACUCAAGAGUGCUGGACAGCACCGAGUUCUGGGUCAACGGGACCAGCUGGGCCAACAACCUCAUGCCGGACUUUAACUGGUCGAAACCGCCCCGACCGUCGAGCACGCCCCGGAGCGCAGAGGAGCAGGCGCGCAUACUCAAUGCGGCGGGAGCGGCGAGGGCGCAUGUCGGCGCUGGAGCGCUUGUGGGCAUAGUCGCGGCUGCCGCGUUGCUUUGA